GAACACAAUGUUUGCAAUAUAUAUUGGAAAAGAAAGAACCCUAAUUUAAAUUUAGGAUUUUUAAAUUACCAGUGAAUGUCCGAAAUCAUUACAUUACAUCCAUUGAAACCUGAACCUGUCUUCUCCCUUUGCUUCUUCUUUCUUCGAUUGAUCUGUAAGCAGCGCAUUUUCUCCUUCGCCAUACCUGAAGUUGCAUUUCUCCUUGGAUCCACUUCCACGUCUUUCUCUCCAUUAAUUUUGGUUUUUGCUUCUCUCUUCUCCGGAUCUUCAGCUAUAUCGCAGACUCUUCGAUUGGCGCGUUUGGAGCAUGAUUUCUCAAGAUUUUUAGGGGUUAUUGAAGUUCGCAUCUACCCUUAUGAGCAAGCGACUGGUGGAGUUCUCUUGCCAGUGCUUAUUCUGUAAACUGUAAAAGGUCAUUAAAUGACGGACCAAAGCUCUGUUGAUUGGAUUUUAGAGUUUCUUAGGCAUAAUCGUUUCUCUAAGGCAGAGAAAGCUUUGCGUAAUGAGCUCAAUAACCGCUCUGACAUUAAUGGCUUUCUUCAGAAACUUAAGCUGGAGGAAAAAGAUUCCAAUGAUAAGGCUGCUGGCAAUGAACUUCGGAGGUCAGGUUCUCGAGAUAGUGAAGUCUCCAAGGAGCUGGUUGUGAAAGAGGUAGACUGUGGCACUAGCACCAAUGGGUCUGUAAUCAAAUGGGAAAAUGGUGCGGCUGCUGAGAAUCUGAGCAAGAAGGAACCGGUUGUUGCAAGUGAGAUGAGCUUUACAUUCUCCAAAAAUUCCGGUGAUGCUGCUGCUCCUGAUGAGCAUUCCUAUAAGUUUACUUCCGCAAAUGGUACCUUGGAGCCUUAUCGAAACAUUGAUGAUAAUAGUAGUAGCAGCUUGGUGGAUCCAUAUAUCUUCGAACAACCGAGGCUUGGGGAUUUGGCUGAUAUUGAUAAGAAGAUAGUGGAAACUGGUGAAGAUAUUGUUUUCUUCGGCAAUAAGAGUACUUCAUGGUCUGGAAAUACUAGUAAAGAGAACUCCGGGUCGAAAAUAAAGGAAAAAAAUGAGAGUGCUCGAUUAUCUGAAAAGUUUGGAAAGCAUGACAGUUAUAAGGGUAGCAUUCUUUUAAGAACUGAAGAUAUUGUAGAUACCUCAGAGAACUGGAAAGAUUGUUCUGUUAGUACUCUUUUUCAAUCUUCGCGAGGGGAUGCGUCAACCAGUUACAAUCUGGUUAGCAGCUCGGACAAAAGAGAGGGAAAGAAAAAGGCAGACAUUAGUGAUGUGAGGGAGGCAAUCAAGGAGCAGGAGAGCGAAGUAGCAAGAGCUUUAUUCUUUGGUAAAUCUCAGUCCACUUUUGAUGACAAAAACAUCAGCAGCUUAGGUUUUCCACUUGCCUAUGAUACCCGCAAGGAAGAGUUUCCUAGGCUGCCUCCUGUUAAGCUCAAGUCUGAAGACAAUCCUUUGAGUCUUUACUGUGAAGAAAAAUUUGAACGUAAUGGUUCAGGUACAAGGCUAAUGAAUGAUGAGGAGGCCCUUCUCAUAGGCUCAUACCUUGAUGUUCCCAUUGGACAAGAAAUUAGCUCAUCAGGUGGGAAAAAAUCUGCUGGAGGAAACUGGCUUUCAGUAAGUCAGGGAAUAGCAGUGGACGCAUCAGAUCUUGUUUCUGGUUUUGCUACUAUUGGUGAUGGUUUAAGUGAAUCUGUUGACUACCAUAAUGAAUACUGGGAUUCUGACGAGUAUGAGGAUGAUGACGACAUUGGUUAUGUCAGGCAACCUAUUGAAGAUGAAACAUGGUUUCUUGCCCAUGAAAUUGAUUAUCCAAGUGAUCAUGAGAAAGGAACGACCCGCGGAAGUCCUGAUAACCAUGAAAGAGAUGCAAACAAAGAGGAUGAUGAUCACUCUUAUGCAGAAGAGGCUUCUUAUAUAUCAGGUGAACAGUAUCUCCAAGCAAAAGAUGCUGAACCUAUUUCUUCAGCAAAUGACCGAAGGCUUACGGUCUCAGAAAUUUAUCCAGCUAGCAAGAAAAAUGAUUUAAUAGCCCAAUAUGAUGGGCAAUUAAUGGAUGAGGAGUUGCUCAAUUCGAUGCGUGAUGAGCCUCUGUGGCAGGGGUUUGUAGCUCAGUCAAAUGAACUUGUCAUGUUAGGUGAUAAGAAAGGCAUAAAUGUCCAUCGAAAAUCUCAUCUUGAUGAUGUUUGCCUCGAAGAUGAUCAGCAUGAUUCAGUCAGGUCGAUUGGUGUGGGUAUUUAUAGUGAUGCAGCUGAUUUUGGCAGUGAAGUACGUGAAAGUUUGGCUGGAGGUAGCAGUGAGGGUGAUUUUGAAUAUUCUCGUGAUCAUGAUGCUGUAGCAUCUAGGUUUAAACAGCUUUACUCUGAGUCAGAUAAGAAACAUGUUGAUGGGACAAACACGAAUAAACAGAAAGCAAAUAAAAUUGAUGGUCAAGAUUACAUUGUAGAUAAUGAUUCAGGCGCAAGUUUUCAUGUGAAGAUACAAACUGAUGAAGGUUUUUCGUUUGGCUCGUCACAAAAAGAUGGGCAGUUAAUGCAUGCAGAAUCUAGUAAAUCAUUACGGUCAGGCAAUCGCGAAACGGUAACCAGAGAUAGGAACGCGGAACGUUUGAAUGCUUCAACAGCUACGGAUGAUAUGGUUGCAACUUGGAGACGAAAAAGUAGUGAUUCAUCAAGUUCUCGAAGUUCUGUGAAAGAAAAUAAUGCAAUGUCCAUGAAAUCUUUAAACUCAUCUCCCUCUUCGUUAUCAAAUUAUGCUUGCGAAGAAAGAAAGCAUGCUAUGAAAGAAGAUGAUCGAAAUGAUAGCAGUGAAAAAGAGGAGGACCAGACGACAGCACUUGAUGAUGAAGAGGCAGUGGCUGUCCAAGAGCAAGUUAGACAAAUUAAGGCCCAAGAGGAGGAGUUUGAAACCUUUGACCUCAAAAUUGUGCAUAGAAAAAACAGAACUGGUUUCGAAGAGGAAAAGAACUUUCACGUGGUUUUAAAUUCGGUCAUUGCUGGGCGGUACCAUGUCACUGAGUACCUUGGAUCAGCAGCCUUCAGUAAAGCCAUACAAGCGCAUGACUUGCAAACGGGAAUGGAUGUCUGUAUAAAGAUUAUUAAGAACAACAAAGAUUUCUUUGACCAGAGUCUUGACGAGAUAAAACUUUUGAAAUAUGUCAACAAGCAUGAUCCUGCUGACAAAUACCAUCUUCUACGGUUGUAUGAUUACUUUUACUACCGGGAGCAUUUGCUAAUUGUCUGUGAACUUCUUAAGGCCAAUCUAUACGAAUUCCACAAAUUUAACAGAGAGUCAGGUGGUGAAGUUUACUUCACAAUGCCAAGAUUACAGUCAAUCACUAUCCAGUGUCUCGAAUCACUUCAGUUUUUACAUGGCCUUGGACUUAUACACUGUGAUUUAAAGCCUGAGAACAUACUGGUGAAAAGCUACAGCAGAUGUGAAAUAAAAGUCAUUGACCUUGGAAGUAGCUGUUUCGAGACAGAUCACCUAUGCUCCUAUGUCCAGUCAAGGUCAUAUCGAGCACCAGAAGUCAUUUUGGGACUUCCUUACGACAAGAAGAUAGAUGUGUGGUCUCUUGGGUGCAUCUUGGCUGAACUAUGUACAGGCAACGUUCUUUUCCAGAAUGAUUCUCCGGCCAGUUUGCUUGCAAGGGUAAUGGGAAUCGUAGGAUCUAUUGAUAAUGAGAUGCUUACCAAGGGACGUGAUUCCCACAAAUACUUCACUAAAAACCGAAUGCUCUACGAGCGGAACCAGGAAAGCAACAGAUUGGAGUACCUGAUACCGAAAAGAACAUCGUUGAGACAUCGGCUUCCAAUGGGAGACCAAGGAUUCACAGACUUUGUGGCUCAUCUUCUUGAGAUAAACCCAAAGAAGCGGCCUUCUGCAGCAGAGGCUCUGAAGCACCCUUGGCUUUCAUACCCAUACGAGCCAAUCUCAGCUUAAACCAUUGGUGUCUUACUUAAGCUACUAAAAAAAAAGCUGCAAAAACCGCAGGCAGAUUAGUGGAAACCUUUUCUGAGAAAGGGUUCGAACCCCUAUGGUGGGUGAGACCGUCACCUUAAUGCAAGUUUGUGGGUGUCUUGUUCAGUCAAAUGUGAGAUGAAGUGAAGAACUUUUGUGAUAAUUUUUGAUUAGAAUGUAACAUUUGUGUUGUCAAAUUUGUGAUUAUUGAUUAUUCUCUUAGAACAGAUUAGUAGUAAAAAACCUAUUGUGUAUCAUCUGCUGAUCCUUAGCCCUUUUGAUUAUGAAUGUUAUUGUUUUACUGUUUCAACUAA